CGUAAGACGGCGCCGCGACGCAGGCAGCAGUGCGCGUGCGCGGCGGAGGCAGGUGGUGGCCCGCGGCCCGGAGCAGGAGCCAACAUGGCGGCGGAGCGCAAGACGAAGUUGUCCAAGAACCUGCUGCGCAUGAAGUUCAUGCAAAGGGGACUGGACUCAGAGACCAAGAGACAACUAGAAGAGGAAGAAAAGAAAAUCAUUAGUGAAGAGCACUGGUAUUUGGAUUUGCCAGAGCUUAAAGAAAAGGAGUGUUUCAUAAUAGAAGAGCAGAGCUUCUUGUUAUGUGAAGACCUUCUCUAUGGAAGAAUGUCAUUCAGAGGAUUUAAUCCUGAGGUUGAGAAAUUAAUGCUUCAGAUGAACUCCAAGAACAAAACAGAGGAAGUUGAAGGUGAAACAGUGGAGCUCGAUGUAUCAGAUGAAGAAAUGGCUAGAAGAUAUGAAACCUUGGUGGGGACAAUUGGAAAAAAGUUUGCCAAAAAAAGAGACCGGGUCAACUAUGAAGAAGAUGAAAAUGGACACAUAAAACCAACAGUUAAAGUAAAGAAGAUGUUCUUAAAGCCCCAGGAUUGAAGUGGAUGCUUUAAGACAGAGCUCAGGGGUGCCUCAUGAGGGUUAGUGUAUUGUGGAACUCAUUCUGAUGGCUUCUCUGUAGUUAUUCAAACUGUGAUGUUUACAUGUAAAGAGGUGGAUAAUUUUGGAAACAUGCCAUUUUUGAAACAGAUAUGUGGUGGAUGUUAUACAUCCUUUGCUUCAUGGUGUUCAUCAAGAAUGGAUUUUUAGCCUUCGAAUUUCAAAUGUACAUAGGGAUGUGGCUGCUUCCUAAAGACUUUGUGACUUCAGAUUUUUUUUUUAAUGGAGCUCUCUUGUCACUGACCUUGAAUUGGCACGUAUAAAUUAAACCAGUGUUUAAGUUGCCCUUAUGUUUCUAUUUUACUUUAAAUUAUGAAUCAUGCCAAGCCAAUGUAUACAUAUAUUCUGGAAUCACACAUAAUGAGGGUUUAUUAUGUAUAGAUUCAUCAAGAGCAAACGUGCCUCUCCAGCCUACAGUACUUGCAUGCUACCGAGUCAUUGUUGGUUUGUGGAAUUACUGGUUUUUGUUUAAAGCUUUUACUUAAUAAAAAAAAAUUAUUCUCUAAUAAAUUAAGUUUUCAUAUA